AUGGCAUACCCUAGGCCCGAUUCCUUCUCGUUAGACGACGAGCGGAUGUACAGCAUGAGCCAUCCGAGCCCACUCACUCGUCCCAAUGAUACCUUCGCCAAGGGACCCGAUCCUCUGUCGGCUAACUGGAGCUACGACAAUGCCAUCGAUCUGUUCUCCCUCAACACCAUGAUGCCGGAGACUUUCCCCUUGGAGAUGUCCAACGAGAUGAUGAACUUGGACCCCAAGGAUUUUCCUGCCGACUUCUUCGCCCCACCCCCAGAUAUCAGUGCGUUCACCAUCUCCAACCACUCGGGUGAAGAUGCUGCCUCCUGCGGGUCUCUCUCAUCGGACCUUGACAGUGAUGACCAAUCAUGGUCUCCUACCUGCCGUGUCUCUCCCAUUGAGCCUAUCCACAUGGAGCUGCCUAAGCCCGCUGCUCGUACUUCCAAGACAUCUACUCGUCGCAAGACGACGUCUCAACCGAAGGCUCGCGAGGUUACCGCGACAAGAUGGUCGUCCAGUCCGGAAAUUACACCGCAGGACUACCCCGCCACCAGUGUCUCACCCCCGCCCGCCCCCUCCUCCCCUGCCGCCAACAACAACACCGCCCGCAAGACCACCCGCAGUCUGUCCAGCGACUCCAACGCCAGCACGGGUCAGGCCCAGACCACCACCGGCCGCAAUGCGGCGAAGCGGGCGGCGCACAACAUCAUCGAGAAGCGGUACCGCACGAACAUGAACGCCAAGUUCGUCGCCCUGGAGAAGGCGAUGUGCGGCGGAGUCCAGAAGCCCACCAAGGGCGGCUCGGCGUCGCUGAAGAAGUCGGAGAUCCUGACCAAUGCCAUCACCUUUAUGCAAGAAUUGCAGGAGGAGAACAAGGCGCUCCAGAAGGAGCUUGCCAUGCUCAAACAAAGCAUGGUUCCGAACGGGAUGUGGCGACAUAGCAAGGGGAGUGAGGCGUUUCACGCAUAA